AUGGGACCCGCAUGGCACUUAAUCUAUCUCCCCAUCGGAACCGGCAACAACCUUCGUUCCCACCGGGAGCCAUUGCCGAGAUCUCAUUCCCCCACCUCUCCCGACUCACCACCGCUAGACGAUCACCUCUCCCGACGGUUCUACAAAGUAGCACCACAGGAAAAUCGUCGCUUCAGUCUUUCUCAUGUGACGAGCCCCGAUGAGAACCACAAGAAACAGAGGUCACCACCACAGUUAAUUACAAGAUCUCCGAUAGACCAUCUUCUCCGAUCGACAAAACCACAGCCCCGAUCUGUUGCUACAUGUGGCAAGCUCCAAUAUAUAAAAAAAAAGAGGAAGAAGGGGUUAUCUCAGCUUCUCAAACCUCCAUUUACAACCCAUUGCUGCCACCUGCAACCAAAUCAUCACCAUUGGACCUGA